AUGGCAGAUCAUAUUGUCGGAAUUGGACCUAAGUUGAGCGAAGCCUUUCGCUCAUAUCUUCGUGGCUGUCAAAAAGAUGAUCAUGUACUUGACUUCACUCCUGGAGUAUUUGAUGAGUUUGAGACUGUGAGCCAGGUUCCUAGUGAAAGACAACAACGCAGUGUCUUGGUGUUUGGUCGUGGAGACGUAGAGGAUUUUGAAUUAAAAGGAUUUGACAUCGCUGGCAGAACGAUUGCUGCAUUAAAAGAUACUCGUCUUGUGUUUGUUGGAGCCCCGGAGGGAAAACAUGAAGAAAUAGCCCAACGGUUAAACAGAUAUGGUGUUCCUUUUAAUCGCUUGAGGGUGAGAGGACUUGUUGAAGACCGAGAGAGUUUAAAGCGCUUGUUUCAGGAAGUAGAUCUUGUAGUCAUGCCUUCAAGAACAGAAGGCUUUGGGUUGACAGGACUCGAGGCUCUUUCAGCUGGUCUUCCUGUGGUUGUCAGUCACAACUCGGGUUUUGGACAGGCACUGUGCAGUGUACCCUUUGGUUCGUCAUUUGUGGUUAACUCAGAGGAUCCCGCCGAUUGGACCGCGGCCAUUCAGAAACUCUGGGACAAAGACAGGAAAAGUCGACUUGACGAACUGAAAACGUUGCGUGAUUUGUAUGGCAGGAAAUACAACUGGGGGGAACAAAUGAAGGAGCUCGUUAAAAAGAUGAUCUGCUUGACUCACGGUAUGAAUGUAAAUUACUGUUUCCUGCUCAACACAAUGUUUCAUUGCGCAUAAGGAGAAAUAAUUGCUCAGUUUCUUGCUCGUAAAUCUUGAAAACAGAUUUCAGUUCAAAGCGGAUUACAGGAAACUGUGAUGUUUGUAUUUUGAGAAAAAAUAGUGAUAUAGUCUACGGAGAGCGGUUUACAACCAUCUCGCCUUCACGUUUUUUGCAUAUUUAUUUCAUGCAUUCAUAUUCAGUGCAAUAGACUGUUUUCGUCCGUUUCAUUUCAUAGAUGAUUCUUUGAAGGUAUUAAGCUCGUUAGGAAAAAAACGCAAGGCUUCUCAGGGGAUAGAAGACAUGACUGAGGACCAUGCAGGUAUCUUCAUAAUGAAUAAUGAAUAUUAUGUGAAUGAUAUUGCCUGCGAAGAAAUACUCUUAAUUAUGUGAAGGUUAUUUUUCUCUCUGACAUACAUUCACACUCAUAUACGCACAUAAAUUCCUGGAGGUUUACACAUAAAUGUAUUCAGAGUGGGGGUUUUGGUCUUCCUGAACUGGGGGUAGCCUCCACUCUUCCUCAAUUAUUAAAAAAAUAAUAAUAACUUUCAGGGUCUGACAUAAAGGGCACCCAACAAAGUUUUUCUGUAAAAUAUCUGUUCAGAGAAGUAAAUAUUGCCUAGAAUUUGCUACUAUUUGAGGACGGCUAAAAAUUUCUAAUGAUUCAUCUGAUAUUUUGCAUAGAAAGUCUUCCUCUGAAACGUUAGCCUGAGUAUCAGGCCUUCCUAAAGGGCUAGGGGAGAGGAGAUUUUUUUCCCCUUUUCCCCCAGAAACACCUGAUACUCAGCAACGUAAUCACGAAAUUUGGUUCGAGAACAAAAAAUGUGAAUAGGCAUCGGUUUGUGGCCUUUCACGAAAGGGGUUUUCCCUUCUUCUAAAAAUAGAGUUUGGCAUUUGAAAAAAAUUGGAAAAUGUUGUAAUCACCAUUUUUUUUGUUUUUGCAACCUUGUUCGCAUCUGUGACAAACGAAACUUUUCUCAUAACCAGAAACAUCAAUUAAACGAACUUUAAUUGGUCAUUGGUCUGAACUCAUUAUAAGCUUGUAUUUUGAUUCUAGAAAACCUAACUCGUCGUGCGUAGGAUAUUUGACAUUAUUUGGACCUACUUCAUCGUGAGUUUGUUUGAAGUUGACUCGGAUCAGAUCUAUUUGUCUUUGGAAACCUGGAAUGUUUAUGCAAUAAAGACACAGUUUAACAUACGCAAAGUUUGAGUUUUCGACUUUGGACCGCAACACCUGUUGACAGUUUUUUUUUGCAAACAAACAUAAUUUUAAGUUGUGCGCACAGGGCCUUAUUUCAAGACCAUCCCAUGCCCACCUAUGAAUAACUGUCAACCUCCUUAUUGUCAAACUCCAUUAAGCAUAAAUAUGUAUCGUUCUCCAUAUUUUUCGCUUUCUCAUUUUCCAUUUCUAUGCAGUUCUCGUUUUAAAUAUAUUCUAUGAAUUUCUUCCUUUCAUCCAUAUUUCAAAAUUGUCUUUCUAGGACAAAGUGCCUCAUCCAUUCAUAAGAAGUUUGUUUCAGCUGAUAUCGAAGACACUGAUUCCAAAGCUGAGUACAAAGUGCAGACUGUUGAGGCGCUUCAUGCUGCUACAAGUUAUGGAAACAUUGAAAUCAUUGAGUUACUGCUGUCUCGAGGAUUUGAGGUUGAUUCAAGGGACAGGGAAGGUAUGACUCCACUGAUGAGGGCAGCUCUUAAUGAUAAACCAGGUGCUUUUCAGAUUUUGAUACAAAAGGGUGCUGAUCCAUCUUUGAAAGAUAACAAUGGGUGCAGCCUGCUCCACUUUGCUGCACAAGGGGGAAAUAUAUCCGUUAUUAACAAGUUGUUAUCGCUUGGUCUUGACAUUAAUUCAAGAGACAGUGAUGGAGCCAUUCCACUUAUGUUUGCAUCUGCCUACGGGAAACAAAGUACAUUUCAGCUGCUGAUAAAAAGCGGUGCUGAUCUGUCUUUGCAAUACAACAAUGGGUUAACUCUGCUCCACGCUGCUGCAAAGAAUGGAAAUACAUCCAUUAUCUACGAGCUAUUAUCACGUGGUCUUCACGUUGAUUCAAGGACUAAUAGUGGUGUCACUCCAUUGAUGAAUACAGCUUCUUAUGAUAACGAAAGCGCUUUUCAGAUGCUGAUAGAAAACGGGGCAGAUUCAUCUCUGAAAUGUAUGUUUGGAGGCAGUGUUCUCCACUGUGCGGCAAAAGGUGGAAAUACAUCCAUCAUCAACAAGCUGUUAUCGCUUGGUCUUGACAUUGAUUCAAGGGAAAAUGAUGGCGUCACUCCACUUGCAGCUGAAAACGGAAAACAAGCUGCUUUUCAGAUGUUGAUACAAAACGGUGCUGAUCCAUCUUUGAAAGGAAACAUUGGGUCCAGUCUGCUCCAAUUUGCUGCAAGAGGUGGAAAUACAUCCAUCAUCAACGAGCUGUUAUCACUUGGUCUUGACGUUGAUUCAAGGAACAAUGCUGGUGCCACUCCACUGAUGGUUGCAGCUUUUUGUGACAAACAAAGUGCUUUUGAGAUGCUGAUACAGAAUGGUGCUGAUCCAUCUUUGAAAAGCAACGAUGGGUCUAGUCUGCUUCACUUUGCUGCACAAGGUGGAAAUACAUCCAUUAUGAACAAGCUGAUAUCACUUGGUCUUGAUAUCGACUCAAAAGACCUCAGUGGUAAAGCACCUGUAAUUAUGGCGAUAGAGGAAAAAAUUUUGAUAUGUAAGGGAGCACUUUUAUAA